AACCUUUUGCUGGCCCAAUUAAUCUAUCCUUCGAGAGUAUUCUUCGCGCUGCCUGCGGGCGGACGACGGUGCUGACCCUAAACCUGCAAGCCCCCUUCCGAUCCAUUUGUUAUUCUCCCCGAAGACAUCAUUCUUCGAUUCGAUAAAUCAAGCAGUUGUUGACAAGAAAUCGUCCCUUCAUUGGGUCGAAUUGGAUUUUCCUUAGCACCGCGGGAGAGAGAGAGAGGGAAAAGAGGAGGAGAAAGCGAUGGUCUUUGGGCAGGUGGUGAUCGGGCCCCCGGGAUCGGGGAAGACCACCUACUGCAAUGGCAUGUUUCAAUUCCUCAAACUCAUCGGCAGAAAAGUAGCUGUCGUCAAUUUGGAUCCUGCAAACGAUGCGUUGCCAUAUGAAUGUGCCGUGAAUAUUGAGGAUCUCAUAAAACUUAGUGAUGUUAUGGCUGAACAUUCUCUUGGUCCAAAUGGAGGUCUUGUCUACUGCAUGGAUUACUUGGAAAAGAAUACUGAUUGGCUAGAAUCUAAACUGAAACCCUUUCUUGAAGACCACUAUCUUCUAUUUGACUUUCCUGGCCAAGUUGAGCUUUUCUUUCUUCAUUCAAAUGCAAAAAACAUGAUCACCAGACUUGUGAAGAAGUUGGACCUUCGGUUGACUGCAGUUCAUCUAGUUGAUGCUCAUCUAUGCUGUGACCCUGGAAAGUAUGUUAGUGCAUUGCUGCUCUCAUUAACAACAAUGUUACAUCUGGAACUUCCUCACAUAAAUGUGCUGUCAAAGAUUGAUCUCAUUGGGAACUAUGGCAAACUAGCUUAUAACCUCGAGUUCUACAUGGAUGUUCAGGAUCUAUCUUAUUUACAACACGAUCUUGAUCAGGAUCCUCGUUCAAUGAAGUACAGGAAACUCACCAAGGGGCUUUGUGAUGUGAUUGAAGAUUUUGGCUUGGUUAACUUCACAACACUAGAUAUUCAGGAUGAAGAGAGUGUUGGGAAUCUUGUGAAGCUGAUAGACAAAAGCAAUGGAUACAUAUUUGCCGGUAUACAGGGUAGUGUUGUGGAGUUCAGCAAAAUUGCAGCAGCACCGUUAGACUGGGAUUACUACAGAACAGCAGCCAUCCAGGAGAAAUAUAUGAAGGAUGAUUAGCAAUGCUUAUGGUUAGGUAUCACAAUCAAGAGUGCAGGUAAUCUGAUAUGCUGCUCAAGAUGAAGUGGAGCCGAAUGGUAUAAUUGCCUGAGUUUUUGUGGAUGGAGACUAUUUGAUUGCACUCUUCUUCCUUUUUUUAAUCUGAUGUAGGCCCAUGUGAUGCUUUCAACCCCACCAACCUUGUACUUAUCUGGAGCCUGCUUCGACCCUGUAGAUCUUGGUGAUGAUAAGUUUACGGAUGGUUAUUUCUAAUCUUCAUGUUUUGUGUGGUUAAGCUUCUGUGUAGUCUCAUUCAUUCAAGAGAUGACUGCAGAAUCAUGGGGGGUUCUGCACGUUGCAUGGCAUGUAACAGAGUGUUCCAGGGUCCAUAACACCAUAACUUUGUGAUGUUCAAAGUGAGAAAUAUCAGUAUUGUAGAGUUGAUUGCUGCUA